ACCUGCGCCCCCCUUUAGUUACUGGACGCCCGCAGGAGGAAAUCUAGAACCCCGAGCGUCGUUCUCCGCCACGUUUCUCGUCAACUCGCUCGAACGUACUCCGUACAUCAUCGCAGAAGCUGCGUCAACGGCGUUUUAGGAACUGGCUCUUCUGAGUCCGACUCCGGCGGCGACCAGGCACGCGUUCCCCUACCCCGCGGGGCCACCACCAGCGUCUUCACUCACUCUCCCUCUCACUCACCCGCCAUCACUACCACCACAGCGGCGGAAAUGAUCCCCGGCAUCGACGGCCUGGUUGCGCAUCUCUGUGCGCCAAGCCCCUAAUAGCCGAGCAUCUGCUCCCCCGUCACCCGCCCUUCCCUUCCGCCGUCUCUCGCUCUCCCGCCGCCGCCGCCGCCGCUCCCCGUCCGCCCCCCCGUGAGAAGCGGCAACGGCGGGCCUGACGUCCGGAUUUCCGUCCCAACUCCCGGUGUCGCACCUGGACCCCUCCCGCCUCCCCCGGGUGCUGGUGUCCCUGUGCGAGCCAGCGAACGACUUCCCCCCGCGGCGCCGCGUUGCCUUCCCGUCGCCACCAGGUCAUGUCGCUGCCCUCGCCGUCGACGGCUUCCCGUCCGUCGACGACGUCGUCCAUGACGGCGCUGAGCAUCAGCAAGGGCGACGGCGACGAUGGUCCCCCGUGGGAUGCGCCCGAGAAGCCUGUUGCGGCUGCGGCCUGGCAGGCGCCCUUUGGCAUCAUGUCCUGGAUCUUCUUGUCAAACCUGACCAUCUUACUUAACAAGUGGCUCAUUGACAAUGCCGGGUUCCGUUACCCUAUCCUCCUGGCCUGCUGGCACUUCGCCUUUACCUCCGUCGUAAUACACAUCCUCGCCCGCACCACCAGCCUGCUCGACUCGCGCCACUCUCUUCACAUCACGCCGCGCAUCUAUGCCCGCACCAUUGUCCCCAUUGGCGUGUGUUUCUCCCUCUCCAUCAUCUGCUCCAAUGUCGUCUACCUCUAUCUCUCCGUCGCCUUCAUCCAAAUGCUCAACGCCGCCAACCCAGUCGCCGUCCUCGUCGUUUCGUGGAUCUGGGGCGUCACUGACCCGAGCACGUCGACUCUGCUCAACAUGCUCCUCAUCGUUGCCGGCGCUGCCAUCGCCUCCUUUGGGGAGAUUCAGUUCUCGACCAUCGGCUUCGCUUUCCAGGCCGGCGGCAUCGUCUUUGGCGCCAUCCGCCUUGUCAUGAUCCAGGUGCUCGUCAGCCGCAAAGGCAUGCGCAUGGACCCGCUCGUCGGAUUGUACUACUUUGGCCCUGCGUGCGCCGUCAUGACCCUGGCCGCGGCCCUCUUCAUCGAGGUUCCUCGAUUCCGCAUGGACCAUUUGAUAGAUGCGGGCGUUGGCAUGCUUGUCCUCAAUGCGGCCGUAGCAUUCAUGCUCAACGUCACCACCGUCUACCUGGUCGGCCGAACCUCUGGCCUCGUCAUGGCACUGACGGGCAUCUUCAAGAACAUAUUGCUCAUCGCGGCAUCUGUUGUCAUAUGGAACACCAAGAUCACGCUCAUCCAGGCCGUGGGCUAUAGCCUCGCCCUCGUCGGCCUGAUAUACCAUUGGGUCGGCGGGGACCAGCUGGCAAAGGGCUAUAGGGCGGCGGCAAGGGGUAUUUUCGGCGCCUCGCAAGGCUCCCCUCUUUUCGGAUCGAGUGCACAGCGACGCGCUGCCAUGACGGCCGGUUGUCUGUUUUGCCUUGGAACGCUGGCCCUUGCAUAUAGAAUAUGGGAGGCGGACAGGGCUCUGUAGCGGCAUCAUUAUCAUGGUCAAUAGAAUUGGAGGCGACCAAAUCGAGGGUGCCCGGCUCCGUCUCGUCAGUCCGUCUCGGGCGGGAACAUCCACCAUUGGCACGGCAAUGUUAAGAGGCCGUCGCUGCUGCCAUCCCAUAGCCCGUUUGUGACGUCGAGAUAGCCUGCCGAGAAUGCGUCCUGACCAUUCGCGCCCAUCUGCGGUGACAUGCUCUGCGGGUUGGGCGGCUGAGUCGCGACGGAAGAGAUGAACCUCGGUGACGCUCGCUGGCCGUUGCCCCCGCGAGGCCUCCCGGGCGAAAGCAUGAGCACCUCGCGAGCGAUGGUCUGGACCUCCUCGAGGUUCUUGGCCGCCUUUGUCCAGACGCCCGCCAUGGCCUUGUGGUACCCGAUGCUGAGGCGGAGCUGGUCGCGGGCGAUGGCGAGCUUCUGGUCCUGGAGGAUGAACUUGCACGCCGAGAGGAGCGCGAGCGUGCCGGUCGUGAGCAUGCACACGGUGAAGGGGGAGUGGGUGGACGAGCCGCCGGCCGGCAGGGCGAGGAGUCGUAUCUGCGCCUCGGCCGCGUUGAUGCAUUUCGCCGUGUGGACCGCCUCCAGCUCGGCGGGCGGUCGUGGCGAGCCCUGCUGGCCGUCGCCUGCCGUCGAGCAACCGGAUAUGCACUCGAGCUGGUCGAAGGAGCAUUUGGAGAAUGGUCUGUGCAGGCCGACCGUCGUUCUACGCGUGCAUCACCAAGUCAGCGCGCCGAUAUAUGCUCGCUCUUACAAUCCCCAGCGUUGCUUCGCGUGCCAUAGUGCCACCAAUUGCAGCCAACACAUUGUCGGAUCAGGGUUCACUUACGCGUAGACGGCCAUGAGCGCCUGGAAGAUGAGCUCAUCUACCUCGCCAUCCGCCGACAGAGGGCUCCUCUUGGUCUCGGG